GUGGAGUGUCUGCAGAAUAUCCCCUGUAAUUUCCUUGUGUGGGAGAUAACGCCAUCUCCUCCUCCAGGCGGGGAAAGUAAUGAGGAAGUUCAUAACCUGAUAAACUUAGUUUGAAUUAUUUGCAGUGUAAGACAGAGCAAUGAUAACGGAGCUCUAUGGCAAAGCUGGGUCUCUCUAUACUGGGCUGUGCGCCAUUACAAAUUGUCCUCCUUGUUCAUCUAGGAAUAUUCACCAAAGGUGAUUUGCUGGAACCUCCUGAAAAUGUCCAUUUUCCACUGGAUUAUUUUCAUCACAUAUUAAAUUGGUCACACAACAAAUCUGGUAGCGAAGGAAUUUUGUAUCAAGUGGAAUAUAUAAGGUAUGGUUCCAACUCCAACUGGACUGUUGUGCCAAACUGCACUUUUAUUGGACACCGCAGCUGUGACCUUACAGUUGAAACCUUACCAAUGAGCGCAGGUUAUUUUGCACGAGUUAGGAGUGUUCUAGGAAACCAGACAUCAAAAUGGACUCGUACAAGACGCUACAUGUUCACAGAAGUUACUCUGCCUCCACCAUCUGUACAAGUGGAUGUGGAUGGGCCUUCCUUACUUGUUCAGAUCACUUUGCCAAUAGUUACAUCGAAUAACAUUACUCGACGCUUUGAAGAUUAUUUUCCCUUUAACCGCAUGUACCACAUAGAUAUUCAACGAACCUCAGAUAACUAUAUGUUUGAGCAGGUGGAGUACUGCGAAAGGUUCCAUAUUACUGGCCUGGUUGAGGGACAGAAGUAUUGCAUACAAAUUCAGCCUGCAAUUGGUUCACGUAGCAAUGUUGGUGAAGCUUCUUCAGAGAUCUGCAUUUACCUCCCCGAACAAGGUGUGUCAAACAGCACUCUCUUGGUGGUGGCCUCCUGUAUUCUAACUUUUGUGGUUCUAUUGAUCUUUGUCAAUGUUUUAAUCUGUAUUUAUACUCGGGGAGUUGUCAAGACACCCAUAACUCUAAAGUCUCUUAUUCAGAGAAGUUGGUCAUGGAUGGAUAAACCAUCAUCCUCUGUUAUUGAGACAACCCUGCACUGGGAGAAUCACCCGACUGAACAUCUGAUGCCAGAGCUCAGGGAGUCUUUGAUGCGCAGCAGUGCAGACAGUGGUUUUGGAAGCCAAAUCUUUGCCACCAAAAUCUCAAAGUCCUCUCAAGUGCUCUGUGUAGGUGAAAGUUUGUCAAAACCUGAUAUUACCAAUAUAAACACACUAGAGGAGGACUCUUGUGAAAUAAAAAGCACCAAAAGUGAAGACAGUGGUAUUAGCCUAUCAACAGACUCCCAGAACCUCAUCAACUGUUGGGAUAGUGGUGAUGAUAGAGACAUCCAAACUUGUGGUACGAGCAUUGAGAUAGUAAUGGUACAUGAAGGACUGGGUUACCUGAGACAGCAAGAACCAGAGGAGAACACAAAUAUUUUAGAAAGCAAAGAACUGCAACUGGAGAGUACAUGGCAACCACAAAUAAAAGAGUACUUAUCUCAAGCACCACAGAAUCACCAAGUUGACUUUCAUCACCAGAAAGAGUUUCAUUCUUUGCUGCAACCAUGGAUUCAACUUCCCGGGGCUUUUCAGUCAUCAAUACCACUUACAGUGGCAUACCGCCCAUUCAGCAACAAACUUUGGGAUUUAGGCGUCAGUGUUCUAUCACUUGGAGAUGUAGAACAGAUCAUGGAUACUAGGUCUUAGGAGGAAUGGUUGGGAUAUUUGUGUGUCUUCAACCUUCAAUAAGGCUAACAAAACAUAAGAGAGUGCUUUUUUUGUGUUUUGUAUUAUAGUAGAAUUGAGAAAAAGGUAGAAGUGAUUUAAACCCAACUCUAGUUUAACAUUUAAAGCCUAAAUUUUGUACCGUAUUUGCCGGUAUAUAAGGCGACCGGGCGUAUAAGACGACCCCCUAAUUUUACAGUUUUUU